AGCGUCACAAGAACAGCUGACCACGUGGAUGGCGCAGCUGAGCAGUUCCCGCUACCAUCGACUGGACGCACUAACCACCAAAUUCGAGGACAUGAUCGUCAGUUGCUCGUACGGUCGCAAGAACUGCACUAAUCGAAGGUUCUUCACUCCAGUUUUCAUGAACCGUUACGGCAACUGCCUAUGCUUCAACUGCAACGCCAGCCGCGAAGAGGACGAUUUCUACGCGUACGACAGCACAUCCAGCCCCGAUAAUGGCCUCGUGUUGGUGCUUGACGUGCAACCGGACCAGUAUCUCCCCACGUCAACCGAGAUGGGCUUCUUCGUCAUGGUUCAUGGUCACGAGUAUAGCCCAGAUCCUUGCAGCGACGGGGACUUUGUGGAGCCCGGCUAUGCCACAUACAUCGGCAUACACUUGACCAAACGGUUGUCGCUUCCCGAGCCUUACGAGCACCCCUGCCAAAGUGACUGGCCACCACAUCUGGAAAAGCUGAUCGUGAAUGACUCCACCUAUACGAAAGAGGACUGCCUCAGUAUAUGCCUGCAAAGCAUGCUCCGGGAACGUUGCAAGUGCGAGUCAACCGACACCACAAACAUUUAUCAGUCACCAGAUGGAUAUGCAUAUCCAAUCUGCGAAUCCGACUAUGAGAACGGCGCCUGCGUGGCGAGCACACGGGCCAUCAUGGACCUUUCAACGACUGAAACUUCAUGCAAAUGUCAUCCGACUUGCACGGACAGAGAGUACUACAAAGAGAUAUCGAAGGACACACUUGCCAACUUCAUGGACAAGCACGAAGACUUGCGCAAGAGGCUUCUGGCCAAGGUUACUGUGUACUACCACACCCUUACGUCUGAGAACGCCUUCGCGGUUCCCCUGUAUGACGGAAACAGCGUGCUCAACAAUUUUGGACGCAUCAAUGGAAUCUACCUCGGCGUGUCUUUCCUCGUACUGUUGCGCCUUCUGGACACUGUGGUCAGGGGGAUCCACUUCCACAGGGACGGGACUUUCACCUGCUACGACGACCCGAACGAUAACGCGUAGGUCACCGCAAGACAUGGUGGAGGGAAUGGAGCGGCAUGAGAGCAUGCAGGUCAGAGGCCCAUUAUAAGUAACGUCGCGUAAGAAAAAUGUUUGUUACGUUUGGCUGAAAAUCCGGUGCUUCACAUAUUUAAGAAUACGGUGCUGGAGUUUAAGCCAGACGGCACCAGUCUUCGGCAGUCACUCCGACCUUAUCCCGAGCAUUUCUUAGUGUACUGCUAGGUCAAGCUACCGUCACACGUCACCACAUGAACGACGAGCAACGUCACGUUGAAGCAAAGUAGAACCCAAUUAUAGCAAAGGUUCGGUUAUUCUCUAUUGUCGAGGGCCGUAGCGCCACACAUAGUCGCAGUCUCAUUGUCAUUUUGCUUGCUGCCUUGUUGUCUAUGUCGUUCCUUUUUUGCCACAAGUGUAUAAUAAACAUUACGCCAUCUAAUAAAGCCUUCAAUUGUGAAA